AUGCCACAACUUAACCCUGCACCUUGAUUUGCUAUCUUAAUAUUUACCUGAUUAAUCUUUUUAACUAUUAUUCCCCCUAAAAUUAUAGCACAUACAUUUCCUAAUGAACCAAAUACCAUAAGCACUCAAAAACCUAAAACAGAAUCCUGAAAUUGACCAUGACACUAA